AUGGAGGUUUUCCACGAGUAUGUCGCGGUUGUGAAGGACUUUGCCUUUCCAAUUGCCGGCAUGUUGCUAGUCCUGUACCCUGCUGCUUUGAUGGCCUGGACAAUCGUUGAGGGUACCAACUCGAAGAAGGAGCGAGAUGAGUCAACCUGCCAGGAGCAGGUUGGCAAGCUCAAGGAGGAGUUCCAGAAGCCGCAGAAGCUCGAAAAGACACGGGAAGGAGUCACCUGGACUCAUGCAGCCAAGUGUUUCAAGAGGCGAAACAGCAGCCUGGUUACUGCCUGCGGUAUUGCAGUCGUCAUCGCCCUUGUGGCAUCCAGACAAUUAAUUUCUUGCUUCGUUUCCAUGCCGGUGAUGAAACCCACUCCGCCUCAGAUGGGACAGGAGGGACACCCUCAUCUGGGCACAGCCUGGCUUGCGAUGGACUGCAAGCCCAUCGUAGCAGCCUUUUCUGCCGCAGCUGCCGCCGGACUGGCUGUUAGGCGGCUCUCUCUUCCGCGUCCGUGCCAGGCAUGGGCCCUUGGUCAGCGAGGUCGCGCCACUCAGCGCUGUGCGACCUUCGCAAAGUCAACAGACGUUACCCAGCCGUGCUUGUUCGAUCGACAACUUUCGGGGCCGUGGACCGCUGCAGAAGCACCAAAAGCGCCUGAGGAGACACACAGCAGCCCUGACGAUCAGCCAUCUCUGUGGCACGAUGUCGACCUUUAUGUCAAGUCGUGGCUGGAUGAGCCCACAUCACUCCUGCGUUACGUCAAUGAAAUGCCAAUGGGCACCCUCCGAAAGUAUGAGGUACAGCCCGAUGCUCCAAACAAUGUGAUUGAGGAGGAUUUAAAGGGCUCCAAGAAACUGGCGGCUUUUGGGAAGCCGGUCCCUUUCAACUACGGCUGCUUCCCGCAGACGUAUCGGGAUCCAGAGAAGGCUGACGACCUCUACCAGGCCCCAGGUGAUGAUGAUCCGUUGGAUGUGAUUGACCUCUCUGACACUCCAACGGAGGUUGGCACGAUUGUCCGCUGCCGUGUGCUCGGUGCCGUCUGCUUGAUCGAUGAAGGCCAGGCAGAUUGGAAGGUGAUGGUUGUGAACGUGGACUCGAAGAGUGCUCUCGCCAAUGCCUACACCAUUGAGGACGUAGAACGCAUUUCGCCCGGGCGCAUCCAGUCUUGCUGGACCUGGAUGGAUGAGCUCAAGAGUGGUGGGGGCAAAGGGAAUGCCAAACUCCAUCGUGAGAUUCACGACGCCAACCGAGCGUUGAAGUUGAUUGCCCAGGACCACGACUCUUGGAACAAGCUUGUGAGCUCUGCCGGACCUGAUGGUACUGCCCGUGGUCAUUGGAUUUGCUCGCCUCAAAGCGAAGCUGAGACGAGAGCGCAGGUGUUGAAGCUUGGAUGGGCGCCUCCCUGUGUUGUGCCCGGACAACAGGUGCGCUCUCCCUGCAUGCUGGCGGGGGUGGCGCGUGUGUCUGUGCUCGCCAGGGCGGCUCGAGCUGUUCAGCUGGCGCGCACACAGUGA